CCUCAUGUAUGCUUUCUCUCGCUCUCUUUAUCUCUCUCCAGAGGCCUACAGAGAAUAAAAGCAGACUUUUUUUUGUCGUCGACGCAGACAUAUCUACUGCAAUCUUCAGGCCACUGAGGAACAGAAAGAAAGCAAGACAACCAUAGAGACACGUGUCAACCCCUGAACGACAGAAGAACUUCUCCAUCAUCUACAGUACAGUCAUGGGAAUCGACAGAGCAGAACUUAAGACUCUGUACGAGAAGCAGGGCUAUGUGACCAGCAUUCCUAUCCUCAGCCCUGAGGAGCUGCAGCAGGCCAGAGAUGCCUUCGCUGAGCUGGAGAGAAAGUUUGGUGAGGAUUACACCUCCUACAGCCUGCACAAUGUGCAUAUGAAGUAUGACUGGGUAAUGGCACUAAUUAAACACCCUAGAGUUCUUGAUGUGAUCACUGCAGUCCUGGGUAAUGAUGUUCUCCUGCUGGACUCACGCUUUAUCUGCAAAUACCCAGUCUCAAAACAAAGCAAAACUCAAGCAAGCAAUGACAUCAUUGCACACAACCAAGAGAAGAAGCAGUCUGAUCAAGAAAAUGAGCCACGUCUUCCAUACGUGGCCUGGCAUCAGGAUAUGAAGUACUGGGGACUUGAUGGAGGGCCAGUUGUCUCGGUCUGGCUUGCUUUGGAUGACUCUCAGGAAGAAAACGGUGCCCUACAGGUCAUUCCAGGAACUCACUGCUCUGGCCUUUUGCCCCAUCGCCAAGCGAAGCGGCAAGGCAACAUGCUGACUGUUAAUCAAGAAAUCCCAGAAGAGCUGGUUGAGAAAGACAAGGCCUUGCUCUGCCCCCUUCUCGCAGGGCAAAUGUCUAUCCAUGAUGGACUCUUGGUGCAUGCUAGUGACCCCAACACAUCAGGAAAGAGGCGUUGUGGCUUUGUGGUCCGCUAUGUUCCUACUGCAGCUUAUCCAAUUCAGGAUCCUGAACGGCCAAGGAGUUUCCAUGCCACAGCAGUGGUUAGUGGACAUGACAAGUAUAACCACUUCUCAAGCCAGAAACCAGAACUGUGAUUUAACUGUGACUGAAAUGCUUUGAUUGGGUGUAGCAUGCAACUGUCUGUACUGCAUACCUGAAAGAUCUGAAAAUACCUGUCAAUGUAAAACUCUCUACCUUCUCCUAAUUUUAUUGAUCAUAUCAAUUAAUUAUUAAUUACAAAAGAGUUGGUAAUUCAUGUACUGUUUGGUUUGAUUACUUUGUCUUACUUGAAAUUCACUUCACUGCUUAAAGAACUGUGCAUUUUGUUUUGUAUGAAUGAAAAAUAAAUAAAUGUUGUACCACA